UUCCCGCCCGGCACCUCUCGAGCCGCGGCGGGCGCUGCGAUGCCUCUUGGCGUUGCUGGCGAUGGCGGCGCCGACGACGACGACCGGGGCGGCGCUGUACCAGGCCGGGCUACACCCGGUGUGGGUGCUGGAAGGCGGCACGGUGCGGGAGGCGCUGCGGGACUCGGCUUCGGCCUGGCUGGUGCAGUUCUACUCCUCGUCCUGCGGACACUGCGUGGCCUUCGCGCCCACCUGGCGCGCCUUGGCGGGGGACGUCCACGAGUGGGAGCCAGCGAUCAGAAUUGGCGUGCUGGAUUGUGGAGAUGAGAAAAACUACAAACAGUGUAAAGAGUACGGAGUCCAGUAUUAUCCCACUUUCAGGUAUUUCAAAGCUUUUGUCAAGCAGUUUACAGUUGGAGAAAAUCAUCCCGCAACCUCAGAUCGGGACCUUCAGAGCCUCCGCCAAACAAUGAUUGAUUUUCUGCAGAACCAUUCCCGGGAAGCAAAACCGCCAGCUUGUCCGUCUUUGGAGCCAACUCUGCCAGAAGAAGUAUUUUCCCUUUUCAAUAAACCCAAUCAGCAUUAUACUGCCAUCAUUUUUGAGAGCGGGAGCUCAUAUCUUGGCCGAGAGGUAAUCUUGGACCUCGGUCAGUAUGAAAACAUUGCCAUCAAACGGGUUCUAAAUUCUGAGACAGAUGUACUUGAAAAACUUGGUAUUACUUCAGUCCCUUCAUUGUACCUGAUUUAUCCCAAUGGAUCCCAUGGAUUAAUUAACAAUUUGAAGCCUCUUCGGUCUUUCUUUUCUUCCCAUUUAAAGUCACUCCUGGGAGUUAGAAGAAAACUCGCUUCCCCUCUCCCACUUCUCCAGCAAAGGAGACCAGGAAACACAAACUUCAAGGAAUGGAAAGAGUUCAACCAGUCCAAAUUAUACAUGGCUGACCUUGAGUCUGGGCUGCAUUAUUUGUUCAGGGUCGAACUUGCCACCCACAAAACCCUGGAAGGCGCUGAGCUGAGGACCUUGAAAGAUGUUGUUAUACUCCUGGCCAAGCUCUUUCCUGGCCGUCAACCUGUGAUGAAGUCGCUGGAGACCUUACAGGUGUGGCUGCUGAGCCUCCCGUUGGACCGGAUCCCCUACGAUGCCAUCUUGGACCUGCUCAACAACAAAAUUCAUAUCUCUGGCCAAUUUCUGCCCAGCCGGCUCCAGUGGGUCGGGUGUCAGGGCAGCCAGGUGGGACUGAGAGGUUACACCUGUUCCUUCUGGAAGCUCUUCCACACCUUAACAGUUCAAGCAGCAGCCCAGCCGAGAGCUUUGCUCAACACAGGCUUUGAAGACAAUCCCCGGGCGGUUCUUCAGAUCAUGCAGAAGUACGUCCAGGAUUUCUUUGGCUGCCGAGCUUGCGCGGAGCACUUCCGGGAGAUGGCCAGAGCGUCUUUGGAUUCCGUGAAGAGCCGGGAUGAAGCUGUGCUGUGGCUGUGGGAGAAGCACAACGUGGUCAACGCCCGACUGGCAGGCGAUUUGAGCGAAGACCCCCAGUUCCCCAAAGUGCAGUGGCCCACCCCGGCCCUUUGCCCCGCAUGCCACAAGGCGACCCAGGGCCCCUCUGCCUGGGACAAGACGCAAGUGCUCCACUUCCUGAAACAGCAUUAUGGCAGCCACAACCUCAUCCACACCUACCUCAAAGAAGCCGACAACACCGAAGAACAAGAGGCCCAAGGUGGAGGAGAAGCGUUUCCAAAGGAAGCCGCUCGGGAGGCCAACAAGGGCCAAGAUCCACAGGAGUCCUUGGGAGCCAAGUCCAAAGGCUUGGGCCAUCUGAUAGCCAAGGAGGACUCUGUAAUCGAUCCAGGGAAAAGGCCAGCUGGCUCAGUGGUCGAGCAGGAAGGGAACCAGGCGUUGUCGUUCUUGGGAGUCGGCUUCUCCAACAUCGACAUGAGCCUCUGCAUCAUCCUCUACAUAGCUUCGUCUUUAUUUCUAAUGAUCAUGUUCUUUUUCUUCCACGUGAGAUCCAAGUGCUGGAAAGUGAGACACAACUGUCCCUACGUAUAGCAGAUCCAUCGGAAAUCCAAGUUUCAGACUCGAAACGUCUCCCUUGUGCUUGCCUGCAACUUGGCUAGCAGGGAAUCAGGGAUAUUUUUUUUUUAAUUCUUUUUACAGCGCAAUGUUUUACAUUUCACGAAACUGUGCCAUUGUUCCUCAUCCUCAUUCACUGAUGAUCUUCUUCUCUGCUGCUGGACACUUUGAAUUUAGAACAGUGUAGAAAAAGGUGUUUUUCUGAAGAAACAUUAAAACGGUUUCUGGUGAUCUUUUUCCUUGGGUUGCCUAGUGUGCUUCGGUUUAUGAAAUCGUUCAUGAAAAUCAGGGUGCUUGGAGGGUGUUAAACAGGUGCUUAUAACAGCAACCAAAUUUGGGUGCAAACAUUUAGAGGACCACUCUAGAAUAUAAUCCAACCAGUGUCUUAAAUUUUAAAAGAGUUACUUUCAACAAACUCAGUGACAGCCUAAGAAAAAUUCCAUGGAUAAAAAUCCUAAACAAGAAGACAACUCAAGAAGCAUUGGAAACUCUUGAGAAAUAUGAUCAUAAAAGCCCAGUCCAACACAAUACCGCUGAAAAAGAAACACAAGAAAUCUAACAAGAAACCAACAAGGUUGCACAAUUUUUUUUAUGAUGAACUGAAAGAUAAAAAUCAGUACAAAAAGGGGAAAGAGGGACACAUCAUUAAGGCAGAAUCUCACCAGAUAGCCUGAAUCUGCAAAAAUGGAAGUCAGGAAAGCAAAGUCUCAAAAUGAACAAAGACUUGCAACGAAAGUCAAAAGAUAAUUUUAAAAAGUUUCAACAUAAAAAUAACAAGAAAAAAAGUCAAGGAAACAUUCAGUCCACUAAAGAGAGAAGAUGGCAAGAAAGGA